AUGCCCUGGGCCAGUAAUCGCAAAAUAUUCGGUACUCCCCCUUCCCAGGAACUGAACCGAGAAUUAAAGCCGCUAAAUUUUAUCUGUACCUUUGUACAUCGAGGGGGAGAGGUGGUCAAGGGCUCUAGCCUUUGCCCAAAUCAAGAGACGUUAUUGCUCGAGGAAAUUGGGGGCCCCUCGGGGGGUGUUUGCAGAGGAACCCGAGGACCAGUGGGUUCUCCUGGGCUUUUGGGUUUCGGACCAUUUGGUUUACACAGACGACCCAUUUCUCCUGCUUCGAACCUGGAAGGAAGCCAUGGUCGGUGGUCACCGUUAUAUGGUCAGCCACUUGGCUCCGAACUCCACACUGAUACACAUUCUUCCAUAUUUUAUGAGUGGAAGAAACCUGUCAGCAUUGUUGUGGCUAUCCACCCUAGGACAUUUACCCUGGGCUAUUCUACCCUGGGCUGUGUCGUCUCGGUCCUAAUUAUCCCGAUCCGUACUUCUUCGGGCUGCAUGACCUCGGGCUGUAUGACCUCGGACCGCUUGACCCUGACUGGACUAAGGCCUGCACUACAUCGAGCUUCUGAUAUACAUAUGUGCAAAGUUUUAUUUUUGAUUGAUUGAAUUUGAAUACAUAUAUAGAUGGAAAAUAUAUAUUGAAAAUAGA